CCGACUUCAAUCAACCGACUUCAACCGCCUGAAUCCCCGCUCUAACCAUCAGUGGGGACAUCCUUACCUUUAAAGUGUUAUCGGUGGAUCGAUCGCCCCACCAAUCACUACCACAGUACCACUAUUAUUCAACCGAUCGGACAACGCCCGACUAGGUUUUUCGCACAGGAACCCUACUGAGAAUGCGGGGAGGGUCUUGAUUGCAACUGGCUUAUUCCUCUAAAUAAAGAUUACGAUCCGAUCCAGACGAACCAUCGCAAAGAUUGACAAUACGCCUCUCGCCUCGGGAACACUCCUGUCCACAACAUGGCAACCCUCGAUGGAGCCAUCCCAGAGGGGACGGAGUCGCAGUCGGAGGCGCACAUCCCCGAGUCUAGAGUCCUCAUCAUCAUGACAGGCGGCACGAUCUGCAUGCGACCGUCAUCCUCGGGCCUCGUCCCCGCGCGAGGGUUCCAAGAUCAGUGCAUGGCGCGCGUGCCAUCCUUCAACGACGGCUCGCGCGCAACAACAAUGGACGUCGUCGUCGACAGCUCUGGCACCAUCAAAGGCCACCCGAGUCUGCGGACGCCACAGACCGCAUACGGCCGACGAGUGCGCUACACGACCUACGAGUUCGAGGAGCUCCUGGACAGCAGCUCCAUCGACGCCAAGGGCUGGGCCCAGAUCGCGCGCGCCAUCGAGAGCAACUACACACUCUUCGAUGCCUUCGUCGUGCUACACGGCACAGACAGUCUAGCGUACACUUGCUCCGCGCUGAGCUUCAUGCUCCAGAACCUCGGCAAGACCGUCGUCUUGACCGGGUCGCAGGCCCCCAUGCUGCAGCUGCAGAACGACGCCACGGACAACCUGCUGGGAUCGCUCGUCGUGGCGGGCCACUUCGUCAUCCCAGAGGUGUGUCUGUAUUUCAACAACCGGCUCUUCCGCGGAAACCGCGCGGUGAAGGUGUCCGCCAGUGACUUUGCGGCCUUUGACUCGCCUAAUGCGCCGCCUCUCGCGGUGACUACGUCCAUGCGCACCUCUGUCCACUGGGAACUGGUCAACCGGCCCCGAAGUAUCGAGCACUUCAGCAUCCAGACUAACCUCGACACCAACCACGUCGCCUGCCUGCGCAUCUUCCCCGGCAUCAAGCCUGAGAUGGUGGACGCCGUGUUGCGGUUGGAUGGCCUCCGCGGUCUGGUCCUGGAGACAUUCGGCGCGGGCAACGCCCCGCAUGGGCAGGAUAACGCCAUGACGAAGGUUCUCGCGGACGCGAUCAAGCGAGGCAUCGUCAUUGUCAAUAUCACACAAUGCCUCACAGGCAGCGUCAGCUCCGUCUACGCAGCAGGCAUGAGCCUAUCCCGAGCGGGCGUCGUCGCCGGUCUAGACAUGACCACCGAAGCGGCACUGACCAAACUGGCAUACCUCCUCGCCCACCCAGACGCCACGCCCGAGUCCGUCGCACGCGACAUGUCCGUCUCCAUCCGCGGGGAACUGACCGAGUCGUCGCAGCCUGUCUUCCGGCAUCCGGACGGGGCUCUCUCCGAGCGGGUCCAGGGUCUCGCGAACUUGGGCUAUGCUAUCGCGCAGGGGGAUCUCGACCGUGUUCAGGCCAUCGUUAAGUCUGAGUAUUACUGGUUGCUUAAUGAUUGUGAUUAUUCGGGGAAUACUCCUAUUCAUCUUGCAGCGACAUCCUCGGUGGAUAUCCUCCGCUACCUCCUUCUACAAGGCGGAUCGGUACACAUCCGGAACAAAGCCGGACGCACGCCCCUGUUCCUCGCUGCGAAUGCAGGGCUCUCGGAGAACGUGAUGCUCCUGCGCAAGUCCGGCGCGCAUCUGAAUGCAGACGAACGCCCCGCGGCGCUGCUGCUGGCGCAACGACGGCCGGGCGUGUGGGGGUUGGCGGGGAUUGGGCCGCGCGAGAUGGUAGACGCCAGUGAUGUACACGUGCAGUCUGUGCUGUCGGGGUCGGCGCCGUGA